GGCUUCCGUUGCGAGACGUAAUAAAUACACCCCAGGUACCUGCGGUUUGGUUUACCUGAGUGAGGUGCGCUUGGAGCACCAAUAUUGGACAUUUGACACCUGAGAGGACUGCAACACUAUUCCUGUGGGUGAUUGAAAAGGGGACAUCGACAAUGAUAUUAUUUUUCAUACUUGCAGUUUUCUCCUCUGCCAGAGGCCUACAGGUGACCAUUGGACAACCUACAUAUGAGGUUGCGCGAGGCGAUGAUGUCACCCUGGUGUGUAGUUUCAUUCCUGCUGUACCAUCCAACCCCUCCACGUUGGUUAUCAUCACAUGGUCCAUGGAGGCUGACAGCCCUGUUGAUCCGAAGAUUGUUAUUGCCACAUUCUACUCUAUCAAAAAUCAAGUGGACAUCAAGCCUUCCCAUAAGGACCGAGRAGAGAUGACCCAUGACAUCACUGGAGGGCGGAGCGCCCUGACCCUCCGCAAGGUGUCCAUGCAGGAGAACAGGCUGUGGCAGUGCAGGGUGCAGAUCCCUGGAGACGAGGAGGGGACGCCUUCCGCCACCACCGAACUAGUGGUCCUGGUGGCUCCCUCUGUGCCCGUCGUCAGGGUGCAGGGCGAAGCAGAGUACUGGAGCAACAUCAACCUGACAUGUGUGUCUGAGGAGGGCUCCCCCGCCCCGACCUAUAGCUGGAAAACAAACGAUGUCAGGAAUACUCCCAGAGUAUUCCCACCGAGGACCACUGAGAAGAAUGGUGUUCUAUCUCUGUUUAAUAUCUCCAUGGAGACUUCCGGUUUCUUCAUCUGCACCGCGACCAACCAGGUCCACUCUGCCAGCUCAAACUUCACCCUCACUGUCAUGCCCCCCUCCAUGAAGAUCGGGUCCACAGCAGCCAUCAUUGGAGGGGUCCUAGCUGGGGUCCUGGUCCUGGGGAUUGUCAUAUACUGCUGCAGGAAGAAGAGGAACAAAUCUAAACGGGAGAAUGUUCAAGGAGUUCCAGAAGCGGUGAGAUUCCUGACACGCCCACACUCAAAGUUGGGGCAGGUUACCGGGAUGACAAUACCGGAAGACAGGACUGAGGGAGCAUGUGCUGCUAUGACCAAUGCGAGACGAAGGGGAGAUGGAGCACGUAUGACCAAAGUGAGAAGCAUUUGCAGUGAAUGGCCCCGUGAUCGCCUUGACGACCCCGCUGUGUUCGCUAUGGUGGCAGCCGUGAUCGCCUUACGACCCGCCUGUUGUUCGCUAUGGUGGCAGCCGUGA